CUAAGCUUUUGCACAAUCAAUUGCAAACCAUAACAAAUCCCCAAAAAAUGAACACCGUUCGUCCCAAUUCAGGAAAAAGGGGAAGACUUUGAAGUUAUUGACUCUUGUAUCGAUACGAAGAAGAAUAUGGAUAUGAAUGAUUCGGGUCGGGAUAAACAACACAUACUAUAUGAUGAGUCACUUGAGGUGGCCCAAGAUCUGCAGAGGAGUGAUGCUCCAUUAUACAUACUUGAAGCUAUUGACGUGGGCCUUUCACCACUGGCUAGCCUUUACUUAGGUGACCAGAGGAAUGCGAUUUGUGGGUGGCUAAAGUGCAGGAGUAUGCACUCAUAUGUGGAAACUGCCGUAUGCAUCAUUUUUCUACGCCACAUCCCUUUUAUCAACAAGCGACUAGUUUGUCUUUCAUUUCAGAGUGCACAUAUGGAAGAGCCAUUUGUGGAUCGUUCAAGUUUACCCAUGCUGCAUCCUUCUCGGUUAAAUGGAGCUCAAUGGUUUAAACACCACCCUCAAGUAUCAACUGGUGUAAGAAAGACCAUUCAAAGUUGUUUUAAUGGACCAUGGUACUCUUGGAAAAGAGUGCCGCCAUUCUACAAACGAUCAUGGUUUUCUCUGUUUAAGAAAAGGUUUAACUGGGAUGCUUCCAUCAACUAUCAAGUUGAAAGAGAGUUUAAUAAGCUUGCUGCCUAUCGCCUCAAAGGAAUGAUAAGCCAUGCAAAGAAUGGAGGAAAAAAACCAGAAUGGAUUUUAUCUGAAUAUUGGACCAUUAUGCAAGCGCAUUGGGCAACCGAAAAAGCGAAAGCAACUAGUGAAAAGGCACGUGCUUCUCGAAUGUCCGAUCGUAAUGGUUUAGGCCCACAUUCCCAUCGAGCGGGUUCUCGCUCGUUUGUCAGAGUUAAAGAUGUUCUGGAAGAAAACAAUGAAGACUGCUCUUUUAUUGCUGUGAUGAAGAAAACACAUCAGAAGCCUGAUGGAACGUACGAUGAUCAACGAGCACGAUUGGUUGCAGAAACUUAUGAAAAGCAGAUUCAAGAACGCUUGGGUCAACUUGAAUCUUCUGGGGAAGAGAAUCUGACAGCUGAAACUCUUGAUGAACAUGAGAAAAAUGAAAUUUAUAUCAAGGCUGCUGGAUCAUCUAAACAUGGCCAUAUAUUUGGACUUGGAGCACUAAUUGAGGCUCUACCAUCUGUUGGUGCUUCUUCAAGUGCACCACAAACUUCUGAAGAGGUGGAGACGAUAACGCAUCGGCUAGAAGAGAUGGAAACUGAUCUUAAGAAGAGCCUUGAAGAGAAUCUGCAAACUCAGAAAAGACUUGAAGCUAUGGAAAAACUUGUUGAGUCUCUUGCACGUCAAAAUGUCUAGAUCCGAAUCCACCACCAAGACCUUCCAGCUAAUCUAGUUAUGUAUAUAUUCUGGUUUCUAUUAGCCUAAGUAUCGUUUAGUU